AUGGCAUCCUCGGUAAAACAAGUUUUAACACAUGAUCAGUUAUGGGAAGUUUUAACUGAUAAAGCAAUUUCAUCUGCUGCACCUGAAGUCGUACAACGCUACCGUAAUUACACAUCGCCAGAUGUAUCUCGUCCUCGAGUUCAUCCUGGACGCGCCUAUGAUCCAAAUCAUCGUGAUGAAACACAUGGCGAUCAGAUGAAUUUAGGCGAUGGAAAAAAUGGAGAAAUAAUUAAUCCAAAACCAAAGACCAAUUUCGAAAAUCGUCUAUUUAAUCUCAAUGAACUUGUUUAUGAACGAAAUAGGCACAGAAUGCAACAAGACAAAUUGUUACCACCAGCGAUCGAUAGAUACAAGACAACGUUUGGCAUGGCAUCGAAAGCGAGCGACAGAGCCGGAGAUGUUGUUAAUCCAAAGAAAUCACAAGCACAAAUUGAAUAUGAAUUUGAACAACCGAGAAGCAUGUAUCUUUUCAGCCAUAAAGAGUUCGAACCAGGCGAACAACUCGAACGACAUUAUCAAAAUGGUGAACUGAUUCGCAAGCAAACCCAUGGCGUUCCAACGCCAGUCUACGCUGACGGUCGUCACGCACGUGAAUCUCUAAUAUGGGUUCGACCAAACCAUUCGACAGCGCUAGUACAAAACCGCGUCCAUGAACAUGACGAAUCCCGCAGUGAUAAUUCUGCUAUACGUACACGUCGUUUUCUUGCUCAAACUGGUUUACCAACUGAUCAUCGAUUUGGAGUAACAACAUCAUCGGAUCGAUUAUCAGCUGGUGAAAUAAUUCAUCAACGAGCCAACGUUCCAGCUGCAUUCGAUGAAAAAUCUCAGGCUGCUUUAGCUAAACUACGUGCACAUUUAUGUUCAAUUCAUAUAACAACAUUUAAAACUCAAUUGCAAGCUUUUCAAUUCUAUGAUACAAAUCAAGAUGGUUUUAUAUCGAUCAAUGAAUUGGCGAAUACAAUUGAAAAAAAUUUCAAUCUUCAAUUAUCCGAUGGCCUUACUGCUGCAUUAAUGUUUCAAUGUGAUCAAGAUCGGGAUGAGAAAUUAAAUUUUCUUGAAUUUAGUAAUUUUCUUUGCUAUCGUAUUGCACAUUCAAGUGGUCUUGAACAAUUUAUUACCGACGAGAAAAAGAAAAAUCCUAACAGUAAUCGCACGGGAAUUAUUCGAGACAGUCAAGGUCGGCCACUAUUAAAUAUUUCUGAUCUUGUCGAAGGUACCAAUGGAAAAUAUUAUCCACGUAAACUUGUUUCACAAAUUGACGAAAUGGUGCCCGAAGGUUGGAAAACAAGUUAUGAUAAAAUCAAUGAAGCACCAUUCCGCCUUGAACCACAAGUUAAACGCCAAUACGGUUUACCAUCGAUGGCAAGCAGUCAUCAAUAUGCUAUUCCAACAUCGAAUAAUAAACAUCGACCACCACUUGGUUCAAAUACGAUUGUUGGCGCGAUAUUAUCGCCAUCGAUUUGGAGCGACCGUGGUUUAACUGAAGAUGAUUUAUUAGCACCGAAAACAAUGGAAGAAAUGCGUGAUAUAUUUGCUAAUGCGAAUAUUUAUGUAUCAGGUGAAGAUUUCGUUAGUACAUGGACAACAGCAGCUGCCAAUGAUCAGCAUGGGCAAGUUAGUGUGGCAGCUUUUAAACAGGCACUUGAUGGGAACAAACAUUCAUCAGGCAAUCAGCAACUUGUCUAUGCUUAA